GCCUCCAUCACCUUACAUCCUCACACCGGCACACCCUCCCUUCGAUGGACUCAAUUAGCUGACCCCACUCUUACUGGUGCACUGCAGACGGGAUUUCAGUGCUUUUUUUCCAACUUUUGGUUAGUUUUCAGCUUAUCAAACACAAUUAAUUCGGUGCUCUACAUUCUGCAUCGUCCUUUGCGCUGUCCAUUCCUCCCCCCCUUCCGGACACCACCAAGCAAACUCCACCCUCACCAGUGGCAAACCUACCGUUUCCGUCACUCUUGCGCUCAAAAUUUGGCUUCUUGUGUCCACCAAAACUCUCAGCUCCUCAAUUGGGCUGCGUGUACUCGUUAUUCGCGAUGGCUGCAGACACAUCUUCCUCCGUCGAUAGCACGUCUCCUGCCCCCCAGCCUGAUGACUCGCCGCCAUCGUCUCCCCCAAGUGAUGCAGCCAAAGACGACAGUGUCCCCGACGAGCGAUUCCAGCGUGAAGAAGCCAAGGCCUUGGAGCGAAACCUCGAGGCCGAGAGGAAACGCAAGGCGUCUUUGAAACGGAAGAGAAAAGCUAUCACCCAAGCUGAGCGGGAGGCAAAAGCAAAAGAACUUGACAAGCUUCUCAAGCAGAGUGCUGCUUUUGCUGAUAUUCUGCGUGGCAAGACCAACGUUCUGGGUCGGGUUGGCACGGCUCUCGAUGGCAAAACACUCGGAGAACACGAACUCGAAAUGGCCAAGCAGCCGAAGUGCCUCGUUGGAGGUACCAUGCGUGACUACCAACUAGAAGGAGUCACCUGGAUGUUUGAGGUGUGCCUUCAGGGCAUGAGCGGCAUCCUUGCUGACGAGAUGGGCUUGGGCAAAACCAUCCAGACCAUCGGCAUCAUCGCCCUGCUUCGUGAGCAGGAAAACUACCUCGGCCCUCAUAUUAUCAUCGCACCUCUCAGUACGCUGUCGAACUGGAUUUGUGAAUUCAAGAAAUGGGCUCCUUCCAUUCCCGUCCUCAUGUACCACGGCACUCCCAAAGAGCGGGAUAAUCUUCGCAAGACGAAACUCUUCCCGAACUUGGACAGCAAGGGAAGACCUACAGACCGAUUUCCUGUGGUCUGUACUAGUUAUGAAAUGGUCAUUAAAGACAGCUCCUCACUCUCCAGAAUUCAAUGGGAGUUCAUCAUUGUGGACGAGGGCCACCGUUUGAAGAACGCCGAGGCUCGUCUGUUUCAGGAAAUCUGCAAGUUCCGUAGUGCGACUCGUUUCCUCAUCACAGGCACGCCUCUGCAGAACAACCUGAAGGAGCUCUGGUCGUUGCUUCACUUUCUGAUGCCCAAGAUUUUUACUGACUGGGAAGCUUUCGAGACCUGGUUCGAUUUUAGCGACCUUCAGGACGAGGAAGGGACGGAGCAGUUCAUUCAGGACGAGACCAAACAAGAUCUGGUGAAGAAGAUUCACACGGUGCUGCAACCUCUGCUGCUCCGUCGAGUCAAAGCCGAUGUCGCCAACUAUCUCCCCAAGAAACGUGAAUACGUCCUGUACGCUCCAAUGACGAAAGAGCAAACAGACUUGUACAAUAUUAUAACCGACAAGAAGGCCGACACUAGGGCCUAUCUCGAGCAGAAGGUGGUAGAGAGGCUGACCGGGACGACGAACACGCCGGCCGCUUCUAGGAAAGGCACCCCGAGCUCGUCAACAUCAGGGAGUGCCGUCAAGACGGAAAGAGAGGCCGGCAAUGACUUUGCUGUAAAGCCUCCCUCUUCUGAAAAGAAUGCGUUCUCGCUGUUAAUGGGGCAGCCGGCAAAGCGAGGCAGGCCGCCCAAGAACACGGCCAAGCCGAAUGGCAAUGCCACGAAGCGAAAGGAGCCGCCUACAUUGGAAGUAUCGACUCGAAAGACUGCGCGACCCACGGACAACUCCACUCCAGCUCAGUCGGCUAGGAGCCGGAAGCGCAAAGUCACUAGGCGUUCGUUGAAGCUGAAUGAGUCUGAUGAUGAUGAUCUUUCUGAUGACGAGUUUGAGGCGAAGCUUGCAAACGAAUAUGCUGAACACGACGAGUCCGAGGCUAUACGUACGCCAGCCUCUGCAGAAGAGAUGGAACGUGCUCUCACACUCGAGGCCGCAAAGAAAGAAAUCUCGCAAAAAAAGCUCGGAAACGACCUGAUGCAAUUGCGGCUCACAUGCAAUUCCCCACACAACUUUUUCAACCCUUGGGAGAAUGCGGAAGACAUCGAUGAGAGUAUUGUGACCUCAUCGGGCAAGAUGCUACUUCUGGACCGCCUUCUGCCUGCGCUUUUCGAGAGAGGCAGUAAGGUCCUGAUCUUUUCCCAGUUCUCGACACAACUGGACAUCCUCUGGGAUUACUGUGCGGAACUUCGAGGCUGGAAAACCUGCCGCAUCAGUGGCAGCGUCUCGCAGCCCGACCGUCAGGCCCAAAUUGAGGAAUUCAACACCAAUCCAGACUGCAAAUUGUUCAUAUUGACUACACGCGCAGGAGGCCAAGGCAUAAACUUGGCCAGUGCGGACACAGUCAUCCUCUUCGACUCGGACUGGAACCCACAGCAGGAUCUACAAGCUCAGGAUCGUGCUCACCGGAUCGGCCAAAAGCGACCGGUCAUUGUGUAUCGACUAGCGACAAAGGGCACAGUGGAGGAGGAUCUUCUCAUGAGUGCCGACGCUAAACGGCGUCUCGAGAAGCUUGUGAUUCGGAAGGGUAGUUUCAAGAACAUGGGCCAGAAGAAGGAGGCCAACGAGGGUCUGGACAAGGAGACCAUGCGGUCUCUCCUGCUCAAGGACGGAGAGGUGUUCAAGUUCUCAGGUGAUAAGACCAUCAUCAGCGAUACUGAUCUGGAAAUAUUGUGCGACAGGAGUGACGCAGCAUAUGACCGAGCUGCGGCCGGUGCCGGCAACGCAGACGGCUUCACAGUCGUUGAAACCCGUGCCAACGGUCUCGUCACCAAGGGCUGACGAGACGACUGGGCCAGACUCAGUGGUUCCAUCACUGCUAUCACGGCUCUUGUAUCAUUACAGAUGGCUGCGCCCCACUUUUCGGCUCAGUGGGCUGUGACCUCUUUUCCUGGGCAUCAGACUUCGUCAAUCCAUCCGAAACAAUGACGAAUAGUACCUCAGCACCCAUAGGCUGGGAGAACAUUGUUUCAAUCACUGACCAGAAAACCUCUGCUGGCGUGAGACCUGGGGAAGGUGGCCCCAAAUGCCUCGGAGAAUGUCUGUCUUGUUGGCCUCGGCGUUCUGACCUCAGCUUCAAGAACCAUGUUGCAUCGCGGCUUUGUGUGAAAGUUUGGUGGUUCUCACACCUGCAAUUUGUUUCUCGCCUUUUUUGUAGGCGUCUGCGCAAUCUCGGCUAGAGUGUGUCCUCUCAACAUCAUUCAUAAUUUUGAACUUGUCAACAAGUUCUGAUCGAUGUCUCCAUAGCACUGCACUGGCCCGAUGGCUUUGUUCUUUAGCAUACACAGUAUGUCGCCGAUAGACGGGCUUGUGCGUUGUUGGCUCUCAAAAGUAAUUUAUUUUGUUGUGGUAGCGUUACCAACAACCAUCUGAUUUGGAAGGAGCAUGCAGGUGCAAAAUGGCUGGAG